AUGGCAAAUCGUACAGUUCCAGAUGCGAUCGCUAUACAUGGAACAAAUCCACAAUAUUUAAUAGAAAAAAUUAUAAGGACCAGGAUAUACGAAUCUCUUUAUUGGAAAGAAUAUUGUUUUGGAUUGACAGCUGAAACUUUAAUAGAUCGAGCUAUUGACUUACAAUCAAUUGGUGGACAAUAUGGUAACCAAAAGCCUACUGAAUUUCUUUGCUUGACAUUAAAAUUACUUCAACUACAACCAAGUAAAGAGAUCAUCAUAGAAUUUAUUAAAGAUGAAAAUUACAAAUAUUUGAGGGCAUUAGGUGCAUUUUACCUAAGGCUUGUUGGAACCUCUUUAGAAAUUUAUCAAUACCUUGAACCAUUAUUGAAUGACUAUCGUAAAUUAAGGAAAAGAACAAUAGAUGGUGGGUUUAUAAUUGUACAUAUGGAUGAAUUUAUCGAUGAAUUGUUACGUGAAGAUCGUGUAUGCGAUAUAAUAUUACCUAGAAUAAUUAAACGACAUGUAUUAGAAGAAAAUGAAGAUUUAAAGCCGCGUGAAAGAAAAAACCAAGAAAAUAUUUCUGGAACUUUUAAAUUAUCCGAAGAAAGUGUGCCAAAAAGGAAAAAGAACAAUGAUCAUGAAAAGAUAUAUGGUGAUCCAAAACGAACAAAAACUAUUGAUAAAGCAGAAAAUAUAGAUGAUAAAAAACAGAUACCAGUCCAAAGUCACUUAAAGUACCCCAAUAAAGACAGUCCAGACAACAUUUGGAAGUUGCCUUCUGGCAAAUCUAUUGAUAAAAUAAUUCGUGGCCCUAAAAAUCUGCACAAAUCGCACCCGUCAUGUCUAGGUAUUUUACGCAUUGGAUCAAAAAUCAGGAAGCCGGAAUGGAUUAAGCAAGAGGAUUGGGAUUAUUUAAAUUCAAGUGUUGAAUAUCCGCAUUACAAUUUAUCAACCGAAAUUGAAGAUCUAUUCAAUGUACUAUUAGAAACUAAUUCAUUAAAUGAGUAUAAAAAUUGUCUUUAUAAUGUCACAUUUGACCGUGAGAAAAAUAUAGAAAUGACAUUUGUAACAGAUGUCCUAUUAUGGUUUGCAAAAAACAUAUUCAACACUACAUCGGCUUUCCAUAGUAUAAAUAAGAAUGAAGCAUUGUUGGGAUCGCUUAUGAUUCAUCCAUCUCCAAAUGAUAAAGGGCUAGAAAUCGGCAUGGUUGAAUUAUCCGGUGGAUACUUAACCAAGGAUACACCUCGUUAUUUAAAGGAUCACGUAAAGGGAAAUUGGGGAUGCCGUGAUCUCCUUAAUGAAAUAAUUACAAAAUACAAUCAUGGUGACUAUAAAAUUCUGAGACAUUUACGUGUUUGGUUUUUCCAUAUACAUGGUCUUGAAGUACAAAUAUGGGGCAUGGAUUUGCCCGUUGCAAAAACUUAUCGAAUGUUUCUUAUUGAUGCAUUUUAUCUUCCAAUCAGGUCACAUAAUACCUCUUUACCAAUGUCAACUCCGCUGAUACCAUCUGAAAUAUCAAUUUCUAAUGAUGAUUCACCUGAAGUCUUUGAAGCUCUGGACUUAAAAACCAAGAAUCAAAAUCAAAGUAAAAGCCAGAAUGAAUCACACAAGAAAAAGGGAACUGAGAAUAUUGCUCAAGUGAUAGCUGAUGGCAUUCAGGAUGCACUUGCGCACAGCUCCACUGAUAAUAUCCAUUCAGAUUUGAAUCAUGUGACUGAAAUUUCAGUGAUGGGCCAUCAGGAGGAAUCAAAUCACAUGACUGAAAUUUCAACAACAUCCUGUCACCAAAAUCAUGAAACCGAAAUUUUGCCUGAGAACUUACCAGAAGCCAAGGUAAGUAUACCACUUGUAUCUCAUCCCAAAAAGGCUUUAUUGGAAACUGAGUUCCAAUAA